AUGGCCCGUGGCCCCGCUCAGACCAGCCCGGGACCUGGGUCCCAACUGCUGCCGCUGCUGCCUUUGCUUCUGCUGCUGCUCCGGGACGCGGGCGGCAGCCACACGGCCCCCGCGGGGUCCACCCUGCCCGGGGCCGCCGACGGCCUGGCCGGGGACAAGGACCCCCUGGGGGACACGGCCGCCGCUCUGGGCCCUGGAGCCCAGGACAUGGUCGCUGUCCACAUGCUCAGGCUUUAUGAGAAAUACAGCCGAAGGGGCGCGCGGCCUGGAGGGGGCAACACGGUCCGCAGCUUCAGGCCCCGGUUGGAAGUGGUCAACCAGCGGGCCCUGUAUCUCUUCAACCUGACCUCCAUGCAGGACUCGGAAAUGAUCCUCACGGCCACCUUCCACUUCUACGCGGAGCCGCGGUGGCCCCGCGCUCACGAGCUGCCCUGCAAGCAGCGGGCCAGGAGCGCGUCCUGCCGCCUGCUGCCCCCGGGGCCGCCCGGCCGCCAGCACCUGCUGUUCCGCAGCCUGUCACAGAACACAGCCACGCAGGGGCUGCUCCGCGCCGUCGUGGCCCUGGCGCCGCCGCCCCGGGGCCUGUGGCAGGCCAAGGACAUCUCCCCCAUCGUCAAGGCCGCCCGCCGGGACGGAGAAUUGCUUCUGUCUGCUGAGCUGGACUCUGGGGAGGAGGACCCCGGGGUGCCCAGGCCCGGCGCCCACGCGCCCUACAUCCUCGUCUCUGCCGACGACCUGGCCAUCUCGGAGCCCAACAGCGUGGCGGUGACGCUGCAGAGGUACGACCCCUUCCAGGCUGGAGACCCCGAGCCCGGCGCAGCCCCCAACAGCUCCGCAGAUCCCCGCGUCCGGCGGGCCACCCCGGCCACGGGGCCCCUCCAGGACAACGAGCUGCCAGGGCUGGACGAGAAGCCAGUACGGGGCACCCACGCGCAGCACUACCACCGGCAGGAAGUGUGGCCCAGCCCCUUCCGGACCCUGAAGCCCCGGCCGGGGCGCAAGGACCGCCGGCGCAAGGGCCAGGACGUGUUCAUGGCCUCGUCACAGGUGCUGCACUUCGAUGAGAAGACGAUGCAGAAAGCCCGGCGGAGGCAGUGGGACGAGCCGAGGGUCUGCUCCCGCCGGUACCUGAAGGUGGACUUUGCAGACAUUGGGUGGAAUGAGUGGAUCAUCUCGCCCAAGUCGUUCGACGCCUACUACUGCGCCGGCGCCUGCGAGUUCCCCAUGCCCAAGGUCGUCCGCCCGUCCAAUCACGCCACCAUCCAGAGCAUCGUCAGGGCCGUGGGCAUCGUCCCGGGCAUCCCGGAGCCCUGCUGCGUUCCAGACAAGAUGAACUCCCUUGGGGUCCUCUUCCUGGAUGAGAACCGGAAUGUGGUUCUGAAAGUGUACCCCAACAUGUCUGUGGAGACCUGUGCUUGCCGGUAA